GCUCACCCCGGGGGCCGGCUGCCCUUCCCCGCAGCGCCCGCUGGAGCUUCCCCCCGAGGCGCGGGGCUUCCUGCGCCCGCCCCGCCGCGCCUGCGCAGGGCCCGGCGGCCGUCAGGCGCCUGCGCGGCCAUGGCGGCGGGGAGCGGGGUGGCGGCCGAGUCCUGCGUGGGGCAGGUGGUGCUGCCCGGGGACGUGCUGCUGCUCCCCGCGCACCCCGAGGAGGACGGCGAGCGGCUGCGGCUGGGGGCCGGCGCGGCCCCGCGGGGCCGGCUGUUGUGCGGGCCGGGCCUGCGGCGGUGCGCCGGCGGGCUGCUGGUGACCAAGUGCGGCCUGCUGCGGCACCGCCCGGCCGGCGGCGGGGCGGCGGGCGGCGCCUACUGGGUGGACUCGCAGCAGAAGCGGUACGUGCCGGUGAAGGGCGACCAUGUCAUAGGAAUCGUGACGGCCAAAGCGGGAGACGUGUUUAAGCUGGACGUGGGCGGGAGCGAGCAGGCGUCCCUGUCCUACCUGGCCUUCGAGGGCGCCACGAAGAGGAACAGGCCCAAUGCGCAGGUGGGAGAUCUUAUUUAUGGUCAGUUCCUUGUAGCAAAUAAAGACAUGGAACCAGAGAUGGUCUGUAUAGACAGCAGUGGAAGAUCAAGUGGAAUGGGAAUAAUUGGACAAGAUGGCUUCCUCUUUAAAGUUUCCUUAGGUCUAAUAAGAAAACUCUUGGCUCCCAAAUGUGAAAUAAUUCAAGAGUUGUCACAAUUGUACCCGUUUGAGCUGGUGCUGGGAAUGAAUGGAAGAAUAUGGAUGGAGGGUGUUGGCACCGAUCUCUUCUUGAUGUUCUGCUGUGAACUGCUUGUGCGGGGGAAGCCGAUUUCAAAAGACCUGAUCAGGAUGGGGUUGAAAACGCCACCAGAUGAGUACAAGUCACUGUCCAGUCUCCAAAUAAGAGAUGGUUUUUGCCUGGUCUAGCUGAAACCUGCAUCAGUCUGCAUCUGUGUGGAUAUGCCUUUAGAAGCACACAGAAACAGUGAGAAAGACACUUCAGCAUAUUAUCUUCGGUGUUGACAGAGAACCUUCCCACAAUGGUUAAGGAGAAAAAGUAGAGGUUAACAGGAGACCUCAGGAAAUAGUCCCAAGGCAACAAAGACGAGUCCUCCGAGCUUCUGGCUGGAGCGGUGCCUAAUGACCACAAGCAACCGAAGAGCGUGUUCGUUACAUGACGUUGUGACGUGUUGUUGGCUGCCUUAUCUGAGCAAUAACCAGUAAUUGUGCUGUUGGGAACGGUGUAAUGCAAGGAAUGUGAAAGCUAAAAUACAAGCGAGGCCUAAGAAUCCCAAAAGAGUUUUUAGAGUUGAGAACUUGGAGAUCUGAUAGUUCCAGAGAAAAUGAUGCUCUUUAGUGAAGGGAUGUUGCCACUAAAGCAGAGAUGUCCUUUCUGCCUGACUUUGGGAUCUUCACCAUGGGCGUGUGGUCUGUUGGUCUUGGAGCCAUUGGUGCAGCAGUGGCAGGGAUUGUCCUUGCGAACACUGACUUAUUUUUGUCCAAGCCAGAAAAGGCUACAUUGGAGUUUUUAGAGGACAUAGAGCUAAAAACGUUGGGAUCAG